AGCCCCGGCCCCUGGUACCGACUCGUCCCGGAAACCGGCAGGUGCUUCUGCGCAGCCCGGGACUGCCAUCCCCGGGACGGGGCCGCUGCUCCCCGCCGGGAGGGAGCGUUUGAACCGGGCGAGCGUCACCCGGGGGGCCACCGAGUCCCCAAACUUAUCUUUUAGCCGCCCCGCCCAGAAGUUGUUCUAGAAAGACUCGCCAACUUCAGCCAGCAACUUUGGCGUGUGCGCGCGACAUACCGCCCGGUUGAGGGAACCCGGGAAUUACAUCCUCCUUCAGUUCGGUGGCCCAGUUGUUCCUGGUUUAGAUUUCCCGCUCUCCUCGGGGCUCUGUUCAGCCCGGGAGUGGAGUUUCGGCAGCCUUGGAGGCACUGGGCUCAGUAAGCGAAGGAAGGAAAACUACUUGAGCAUAGAUGGGAAGCUACUUAAAAGAAACAUUUUAUGCAAUGGCACCAAGAAGAAAAGAGAAAUACAAGCUUCCGGUUCCACUUCCAGAAGGCAAAAUUCUGGAUGAUAUGGAAGGAAACCAGUGGGUGCUGGGCAAGAUGAUCGGCUCUGGAGGCUUUGGGCUGAUAUACUUAGCUUUCCCCACAAAUAAACCAAACAAAGAUUCAAGACAUGUCAUAAAAGUGGAAUAUCAAGAAAAUGGCCCAUUAUUUUCAGAGCUUAAAUUUUAUCAGAGAGCUGCAAAAAGAGAAUGUAUCCAAAAGUGGGUACAACAGAGGAAACUUGAUUAUUUAGGAGUUCCUGUAUUUUAUGGAUUUGGUCUGACUGAUUUCAAAGGAAGAAGGGUCUCUUUUUUGAUAUCUCCUCCCAGUUACAGAUUCAUGGUCAUGGAAAGACUUGGAAUAGAUUUACAGAAACUCCUGGACCAGAAUGGUGGUUUUAAAAAGUUAACUGUCCUGCAACUUGGAAUCAGGAUGCUGGAUGUACUGGAAUAUAUACAUGAAAAUGAAUAUGUUCAUGGUGAUAUAAAAGCCGCAAAUCUACUGUUGGGUUACACAAAUCCAGACCAGGUUUAUCUUGCAGACUAUGGACUUUCCUACAGAUAUUGUCCCAAUGGGAACCACAAACAGUAUCAGGAAGAUCCCAGGAAGAGCCAUAAUGGGACAAUAGAGUUUACAAGUUUGGAUGCACACAAAGGAGCCGCCCCUUCCAGGAGGGGUGAUGUUGAGAUCCUUGGUUACUGCAUGCUGCGCUGGCUCUGCGGGAAGCUGCCUUGGGAAACAAUCCUGGAGGACCCUGUGGCUGUCCAGACUGCUAAAACCAACCUGCUGGACGAGCUCCCGGAGUCCGUGCUUAAGUGGGCUCCUUCUGGAAGCAGUUGCAGUGAACUCAUCAAAUACUUGGUGUAUGUUCAUAAUUUACCUUAUAAUGGCAAGCCAGACUAUCAGAAGCUCAAGAAAAUUUUGAAUCCAGAUGGAGUACUUUUAGGGCCACUGGAAUUUUCCACUAAAGUACCAAGUGUCAAUGUGCGGACUCCAACCCAUAAAAAAGUUGAUUCACCAAAGACUACAAGGGAACCAGCCAAUGAGCUCCCAGCUAAGUUCACAAAGAAAGUCUGCAGCAACAAGACAAGAGCACCAUGCAGAGAGGAGCAGGAAGGGAGCCAGCCCACAGUGCUGCAGAGCCGGCUGGCCGCACUGAAAUAUCCUGUCCUCCUGGUAAAAUCGAAGAACAAUGCAAUAUUUGUCACAGGAACAGAAGCAAGCACACACAAGGACAGAUCUGAUUACUUCCCCCAACCCCUAAAAAGGUAAUGAAGCACGUUUGGAUUUCUUUUACCAUCUACAAUCCAUUAGGGACCCUCCCCUGCAUAUUCUGCACUUUACAUGAUUCCUCUGCUCUAAUCCUUACCAUCAAACCUAAGGCAUUAUCUGCCUGCCAGUAGGCUGUGUUUGGAAUUGUUGGGAUGUAGAGUGCCCAGCCCUUUGCAUAUGACUCAUGUAGACAACAGCAAAAGCCCUCCUGAAGCCCACAUCCUGUAACGGGAAAGCAAAGCAUAGAAAAUGUAUCCUGAGAGAAAAGGAAAGGUUAAUUAUGUCAGAAUAGCCAGUGUUUCCUUGGAUUUGUGCACCAUCAUUCUCAAAUGGUUUGAAGCAAUUCACUGUGAAGUGGGGUAAUUUAAUACCCCACCUUUCUCACCCUCUACCCAAGACAGACUGAUGUACAGGGCAGCUGGGAUGUUCAUCACUAAACUGAGCACUGAAUUUGGCUCUGAACUUCUUGGCAGCUGAGUCAAAAAUUAGAAGUGGAGUUAUACAUUUCUCAUCCAACCAGCAAACAAGUUUAUCAGAAAGAAAUGUGCUGUUAGUGUGCAAAGGAACCUUUUGCAUUUAUUCAGUAUGAAAUAGCAUUAUUUGUGGUUUUAUUUUAAGCUUACAUGCCAAAAUCUAUUUCAAAUGGGCAUAUUUUAUAGCCCCACUUGUAAAGUUAAACACAAAUACUGUGUGGGGACAAAAUCAGAAAUUGUAUGUCUUUAGUGUAUAGUGGACUCUCCUGUCCUACAAGGCUGGACAGUCCUGUGAAAAUAGACACCUGGGUUUCAAGUGGAGAGAUGCAUUCACAUCGGCCUUCCUGGCAGUGGGAUGCUGGUUCAGAUGUCUUCACUCCAGCAGCCCUUUGUUUGUUUGCUCGGGCCUACAACUCCAGCAUCAGUUCUGAUUCUCAACCCAAGAUUGGCUCUUCCCCUUAAAGUCCAUGACCACGCAGUAAUACUGCAUGUAGUAGCAGGUAGUAUUUUAUGUCUGCCCCUUUCAUUCAUUACCUUUUGAGAUUUCUCUGUGUUCAUGAAUAUACCAAUAAUUCCUUAUCACUGUGCAAUUCAUAUAUCUAUUUCCCUUCUAGUGGAUACAUGAAUCAUUUCUGGUUUAAUAUAUUUAUGGAAAGUAUUGUUAUUAAUUCUGCCCUGAGUCUACUAUGGACACUGCAUACAUAAAAUUACUAGAUCAUUGGAUAAAUAUGUUCAAUUAUAAAAUCUGGCACAUGGGGCGGCCAGGAGGCCUACCAAGGAAAGAUGCUGGCCACAGACCACCUGGUUUUGAUCCAAGGGAUUCCCUUGUGGAAAGCAAAUGAUAUAUUCCCACAAGCUGCCCUCUGAACUCAAUACAUGAGCCAUGGCAUGGGCAUCGCUCCCCAACCCGACAAACAAGAGUAAAAUGUUGGCCAAUAUGUGAGAAGUGACUGUGCCUUUUAUAUGUACAAGUGUUCUGGUCAUGCCGACAUUUCUUCUCCAAUAUUUAGUGUUGCCAGUCCUUUACAUCUAACCACUCUCACAUGUAUACUAGCAUUCACCUCUGAGUCCAGCUAUUUAUAUGAUGCCUAAUAACACUGAUGUUACUGGCCAUGUAUGUAUCUUCUUCUGUGGAGGGCUGGAAAUCAUUUACAUUGUCUAUUCACAGAAUCCUUGCAUACUUCUGUAAUAUGCCUAGCCACUUCCUACCCCUUUCCUUAAUACGGUCAUUCAUAGUUGAAUUUUGCCUCUGAAUUCCUGUGGACAGCAUGAGGGAAGGGUUGAGGUCCACUCCUAUAUACUUUCCUUAUCAAAGGAUCAUUUUGUGGAACAAUUUUUUCCUUUUCCUAAGUGAAUGGGUUUGGAUGUUUUUUUAAAAAAUUAGCCAAGUGUGUCAGUGGGACUACUACUGAGCAGUUUUCCUCCACUCUGUCAGAUUACAUGUAUCACUGCAGUGUUGCAGCACAUUGUAACCCCUUCAGUCUUUAAACACUGUAGAACUCUAACCACUAAGCCUUGCUCCCUCUGUAAGAUUUUUUAAAUAAAUGUCUUCCAUACAAUAUAUUCUGAUUAUAGUUUUCCCUCAUGGCCUCCCAACCUCUUACCCAUCCAACUCCAUACCUCCUUUCUCUCUCUCCCUAGAAAACAAACUGGCAAAUUAAAACUAACAAAAAACAAUCA